UAUUUAAUCAUUAGUUGACCGUUAGUUGCCUGUUGCCUGUGGUGUCUCCCUGGUAGCUCCCGGUAGUGAUGCGUGUUCCACGGUUCUCUGCGUGGACACAGAACCUGUGUGGCAUGCAGUUCUCCAUCCUGGGCUAUGGGGACAUCAUCGUACCAGGUCUUCUUGUGGCCUAUUGCAGCAGGUUUGAUGUGUGGGUCAACAGCCCCAAGAAGAUCUACCUUUUCUGCUGCUGCAUAGCCUAUCUGUGUGGUAUGGUUUUGACGUUUGCGGUGAUGUUGGUGACUAAGAUGGGGCAGCCAGCCCUGCUCUACCUGGUUCCAUUCACCCUGCUAGGAUCUGCACUGUUGGCCUGGAGGAGAGGGGAGAUGAGGCAGUUCUGGAACGGGACCACAUACGAGGUGUUGGACUCCACCAGGGAACCCUUACUGCCAGGUGUGCUUUCACCCCCUGACCUCUAACCCCUGAGGCCAAUGGAACACCUGACUCUGGCAGCGGAGGAAGAAAGUGCUGACUACAGCUGAUCUAUGAGCCAACUAACAAACCAAUCGCAGGGGCUCUUUUCUACUCUUCAAAUCAAGCAUCUAGUUUAUCAUCCAUGGGAUGCAAGGGAAAUACUAUAGCUCGUCUAUCAAUCAAUAAGGAUUUAUACUGGGGAGGGGUAAGGGUUGUACAGUGUGGGUCUCUGUUGAUUGGACAGUGAGACAGUUUAAUUUGAGAGGCUUACUAGUGGCUAAGAAUGCAGUGGCUAAAUAGUGGCUAUAAUAUUAAAAUGAUGCCUAAACUGUGUUGCCUUGGUAAACGAUGCAAGUGAUUUAUUGAGAAAGCACUUUAAUACUCAUGUUGGCAGGUAUUGGGGGAUUUUAAAUUCAAAGUUAGACUGUAGGUGAAGAUAUAAUUAUUAUUUUUUCUUCGAUAACAGCUGUUCUGGGGUGUUCUGUAUAACUUGUUUGUUUUAUUGAGAAACACAAUCUUUGAUUGCUUUUGUUGCCUUAAAUGAGUCCAAUCUGA